AUGUAUUGGCCUAUCCUCAGCAUGGAUUCUCAUUGCCACAUUGUGGAAAAAGAUCUGUCCACAUUGGCUGUCGGUACUCCUUAUCCAAAUCUAGCUCAUAUAGCACUCGGAUUUGAAGGAGUUGGGUACAGAGAUGCGGAUUUUGUUGCGUUUUGUGUGUUGCAUAUGCUCUUGGGAGGUGGUGGAUCAUUUUCGGCCGGUGGUCCCGGUAAAGGAAUGUACACACGUCUUUACACUGAUGUUAUGAAU